AUGGUCACUGAACGCAUCCCCGCCGAACCUUUUCGCUGUUCUAUUGUAUGCUUCCUUGAUGCAAUUGACUACCACGAUGACAACCUGACGUUGGAAGAACGCGUCCAAGGCCUCCGCUACGUCCACUCGAGAGACCACGGGAUAUUUCGCUGGGCCCCUUCCCAGGACCAUCUUGAGAUCAGUAGACCCGGUGCGCAUAGCCGCCGUCACUCGCACAAUCUCAUUUCGUGGUCUAUUGUUGGUCCAAGGUGCCUCGAGACGCGCAAGCUGACAUCAGUAUCUACCUGUCUAUUAUCAAUGUGCUCGACGAUGAGGCUAACUCGGACCCCGGAACACAAUCAUGCAGGGGAAAAGGCAGACACAUCCGGUCUGGGUGCUGAUGUACGCGCAUCUGCCACAACUGCUGAGCAACUACGGCAGCUUCUGUGCCUUCAACAUCAUGCGCUGCACCUUUGA